GAAAAUAUACAGAAGCUUAACAGAAAAAAGCCAAUAAGCAAUAACUUUUGUAAAGAAAAAAUCCUAACAUGCUAAUUUUUUGAGGGGAACUUUUUACCAAACAAAGCCACUCAGUAAAUUUAAAAUUAAACAAAAACUUGGUUUAGCAGAAAUAGGGUGAGCCAAAGAUAUGCUAGGAGGCAAUGACAUAGACAUCCACAUUUAUCAAAAUAUAAAUAAACAUAUGCAGUGUCUGUACAUAAAACUCCUAUCAGCCCCAUGCACAUCAACUUGUCUCUGUCCCGCCCCGCCUCUUAUCUUUAAGUAAUCCUUUUGUUUAGACAACUAUGAUAUCUCAUCAACAGGUGCUUUGUUGCAGACAGUGGAAUUCAGUGACAAAGUAGACCACCUAGUCAAUGCAGACAAAAUGGCCGUCUCUGCAAUCAGAUGCUCUCUUUUCUUGGGGAUUGUUUUUGGUGCUUUUGUCACAGGACAAAUUCAUCCAGACACUGUUACUGAGCCAACAGGAAACCAGUGCACUCUUUCCUUCACAAUACCCGAGGAGAGCUUUGGCGCCUCCUGCGACAAAUAUGAUGACCAAAUUGCCCUCCUUUCCUCUCAGCUGAAGAGUGCCACAGAAGAAUAUCAGACACAACUGAACCUGGAGUCAGACAAGAGGAGAGAUCUGGAGACCCUGCUGCAGACAGAAAUGAGCAAACGACAGGCGCUGGAGAACAAGACACUCAUUCUGGAACAGAGGCUGCAACAGGAGGUUCUAAAUCGGCUGACGUUGGAGAACCAGCAGCUGACAGACUCCAAUACGGUCAGAUCAGAGCUGACUCAGCUACAGACACAGCUGUCUAACUUCAUCUCAUCACAAUCAAAAUGGACGCUGAUGUUCAAGGCCGUCAAAGGUGCAGGUGGCGACCUCUAUAAUCUGUGGACUUCCAACCAAGUACUGAAUGAGGGCAAUGCUCUAGCUCAGUCAUUGGAGCCAACCUUAUUGGAGCACUACAAGACGUCUGUUGUCAAUGACUGGGCCAAACAUAACAUCAAAUAUGUAAAACUUGCUCUCUACCAGGGUGGCAUUGAGCGUCUCACCCUGAUUUUUAAUGCUGUUGGAAGUGACAAGAUGAACUGGUUUGCCAAAGACCGACUGAUUUCUUCUCCUUAUGUUGACAUCUAUACCUCCUCCAUUAACUUCUUUAGCAUCAGGGGAACUCCCAGCAGCGUCAGUGGUCAAUAUGGCCGCUACUUCUACAUCAGCCAGUCUCAUAACGGCUGUCCCAAGGAUUACGGCUGGCUGGCUGUACCUAACAAUGCUUUUGUUUGUGCCUACGAGAAGUAUCCUGCAUAUCCAGUCUUCCUGUACGCUCCCGGACACACAGCCAUUAACUGGGCCAAAGGAAAACAUGGAGAGGCUGAUGUGUUGGCCAUUUUCAUGGCAACAGAGUAAAAACCAGAGAGGGAAUGAUGCCGUUCUUCAGAGAAAAUUGUGCACCCAAGGAAAGAAAGAGAACAAUGGAUCCAAUGAAAUAAGGAACAACUCUUUGUAUGAGAUUCAUAUUUCACAAUAAAUACACUGUAAGCAACUCAUUGGACCAUGAUACCUCCAAAGAUGGCUAUACUCUAACCGAUCUUUAAAAAAGAAAAAAAAAAUGGACUAAAUUUGAAUGUCUGAACAGAUUUAUUAACUAUUAAUAAGUAUCAUUAAUGGGAAAAUUGUUGUUUACCCCAUGAUAUCCAAUUUUUGGC